AAACUAGUUGAUCAUAAUCGCAUGAAGCUUUGUCUUAUCAAGGAAGCACAAACACUUCUCACUUUAUCAGGAGUUCAAGAAAUUACCUCAGUGUUUUUUGGUGGAGGUAAGAAAUAUGCAAAACAAAACAAAAAACAAACCACACAAAAAAUGAGAGAUUACCAGCAGUAAGACAUUUGGGUUCAAAAUAAUUUUUAAAAUAUUGUAAUUAUGGUUUUGCUUUUAAGUGCCAUGUUCGACUACAACAUAAAUAGAUAAGACCAUUAAAUUAAUAACAAACAACUUUUUAAAAUGUACCGGGUAUAUAUUAAUAUGCUGAACAAUAUUGUGUUUCAUUAUUUAUCAUCGUUACAGAUGUGUUAAUGUUGUUUGCAGUUUAAUAACAGCUGAUGAUUAUUCUCAUGAGUCAAACUCAUUGUCAUAUUAUGGUAAACAUGUUGUAAGGCCAUUACUAAGGGCCUGUGGCAGGGUGACUGUGACCAAACGCCUCUAGGUCAGGGACCCGCACCACCGAGGCGACUUGGUGGUGUCACAUGGGGUUUGCCUCUUCGUGGCGUGCCAGACUAGUAGGGAGGCUUUCUUCUCCCGAAGCCAAAAACCCCGGCCACUUGCACGACUCCCAACGCAACGGAAGUAACGCAAUAACAUGAUUGCUUAUUGCCGUUAAUGGAUAAGAGCCCUGGGUGGCGGUUAAAACCCUUGCCGAUGAUUUUAGCUACACGGCCCUGAGAAAGCUGCUCCAAGGCGACCGUUGCGUCCCAGCUUUCGUCCCGAUCGGACAACUCCCUGGGCGGUGGGGGAAGAUGACGCAACACCUUUCCCCCAGAGAGGAACCAAAGCCGUGCAGACCCAAGGAGAGUGGACCGCGAACGCGUUAAAUGCAGCGUUUUCAGUCAAACGGACUGGGGGCCAGGGGGGAGGUUCCCGAGCAUGGUCUGGCGGUGGGGAGACCCGGCGUCGGCCCGUGUGGAGGUGAGCGGUUGGGGGGGGGGGGGAUUAAGAGCUCGCGCUCGACGACCCACCAACGCCACCUCCAAUGUGUGUCUGGCGGUGGGGAGACCCGGCGUCGGCCCGUGUGGAGGUGAGCGGUUGGGGGGGGGGGUAUUAAGAGCUCGCGCUCGACGACCCACCAACGCCAUCUCCAAUGUGACAUUAAGGGCCUGUGGCAAGGACUCAAAAUCUAAUCUAAUGCUACUGAAAAAGAUGCCACUUAAAUCAAAUAAGUUUUAAAGGGAUAGUCAUCUUAUGAAUAUGCUUAUUCUAAAUGCCUGUACAUUCAAUGGCUCAUCAAUUGUAACAAACCUUUACCAUUUAAAAGAGUAUGUAAUUCUUGAAACAAUUUGAUUCAAUUUACUCUAAUUCAAAUAAUUAAAUUUUUAUCUGCAUCAAUUAUUUAUUUUUAAAAUAUUAUUGUAACAUUUAAAUGUUUUGUUUUUGUUUUUUCCUUUUUUUCCCUGCAAUAAAUGCAGUUACCGGUAUAGCUUACAUUAUAUUCGUUCUAUAUCUUAAGACUCGAGUUGAGUUUUAUAGUUUGAAAUCAAUCCUUACAUCAUUACCUUUAGACAUUAGAGCUGUGUUUAAAAGAGGGUUAUGUUUUGAUGGAGUAUUAUUAAUAAUCAAUGUGUUUAGUUACAGCUGUUGUAGAGAAGUUUUUAUUGGGAAAACUUGACAUCAUGUAAUAUGGGCUGUGUCCGUCUACUGUACUUAAAACAUCAAGUGUGGGUUGAGUAAACUUGACAUCAUGUAAUAUGGGCUGUGUCCGUCUACUGUACUUAAAACAUCAAGUGUGGGUUGAGUAAACUUGACAUCAUGUAAUAUGGGCUGUGUCCGUCUACUGUACUUAAAACAUCAAGUGUGGGUUGAGUAAACUUGACUGAUAUAAUUUUAAAUUACUUAUUUAUCUAAAUACACUUCAACACUUCGCCUCAGCCUUUCAAACCUUUCCAUGUGACAUCCUCAGGCACUCCCAGCCUGGCCCACCCAGACACAAUCAAAAUGUUCAUGUGACAUCCUCAGGCACUCCCAGCCUGGCCCACCCAGACACAAUCAAAAUGUUCAUGGAGGAUAUCAAGAGCCGGGUCUCUGUCCAGCCCACUGCAGAAAUCAGCAUGGAAAUAAACCCAACUUCUCUUGAGCUGGAGAAACUCAAGUAAAACUUAAAGAAUCAAUUGUGAUCAUUACUCGAGGCAUUGAUCUCAAACCUACUUUAGUAAUGUAGCAAAAUUUGAAUCUGUUUAUUGGUGUAUAUAUAUACAUCUUUUAAUAUAAGUUACAAGAUGAUGAGAUCUAAGGUUAUAAACUCCUUUUUUUCCCCACAUUAUUCACGUGAAAUUGAUAACCAUUUAGGGAUUUCCAGGAUGCUGGUAUUAACAGAGUUUCCAUUGGUAUACAGACAUUAGACAGAUACGGUUUAAAUUUACUUGGCAGAGACCAUUCUGUUGAGGAGAGCCUAAGGUAAAUUUAAACAAUGGACUUAAGCAAAGUUUUAAAUUUAGAGGCAAGGCAUUCCAUUUUUGGGGUAAGAGUUCACCAAACACUUAACACCAUGUUACUCAGCGCACGUUUUAUUGCUCUGUUGUUCUUUUUUCUGUCAUUUUUAAAGCCAAAGCUAUGUUUGUGAUAUGCAUUAAUAUAAAUUACAGUGCACCAUUCGUAUUGAAAAAAUAUUAUUUUACAGUAAUGAAUAAUCUAUACCAAAAUGUGGUAGCAAUUGAAAAAGGUGGUAAUGGACUUGCAACAAACUCAUUGAACAUGCGGAAAAACUAAUACCAGCGUUCAUUUAGCAUUAAAAGCCUCAUUGUACCGGGUAACAUGAGUCUAGAAGUACUCCACAAUGUUUUAUUCCACAGAUGUCUAGAAAUGGCAAAGUGUUUAUUCCCCAGUUCCGUGUCAGUAGAUUUAAUUUAUGGUUGGCCAGGUCAGACUUUGUCCUCAUGGUUAUCUGAGCUUCAAGAGGUAAAUGUUGUUUACUUGUACUCCUAAUCUUGAACAUUAAAUGCAAAUUAAAAUGAUACAGAUUAUAAUAAUUGGUUACCGUACAUAUUUCCUAAGUGGUUUUUUUGUGUUUUUUUGUGCGCAAACCACUUAUAGGUUUUAGGAAUCUGAUUUUAAACCAGUUAUCAGGUAUUAUAAAUUAUUUCCAACUGAUCUGCAUGGUUAGUCCAGUUUGACAUGAUAUUAUUUAAGUGGUAUCGGUACUUGAAAUCUAUUUUCAAAAUUAUUAAAACAAUUUGAUUAUCCUUUUAUUAAAAUCCAUAGCUGGUUAUAGUUUCAAAACCAAUAACCAGAAAUACAAUAGCCUUGAAAGAUCCUUGAGAAUUAGUAAUAUUACAUUAUUGUGUUAUUUUAAAAUUGUUCUUUUUUUUCCAAGUACUUCAUAAUAUUUAAUUAUAAUGUUUAGUUCUUUAACUUUUAAGGUUACCUUUAAAAUUGUUGACUGACCUCAGUAAAAUACAUUCUAAUUUGGAAUGUUAAUUUAACCUUGUAAUAACAUGUAACUUUUUUUUCCAUUUGGCCAGAUGCUCCAUCUCUGUGACUAUCAUAUUUCAUUAUAUCAAUUAACACUAGAGAGGGGGACAGAUCUCUUCAAGCAAAUUCAUCAGGGACAUUUAGUAGGUUUUUACUUUACAAUAACACAUUUCCUUCUACUUAUGACAUUAAAGACAGUAACACCAUCAAGACUACCUUAUGUCCACACAAAAAUAUUCAUUCAAUUUAAAUGAAUGUUUGAACAUAAAGAUUUAAUUAAUGAAAUUUUAAAUCUUUUAAAUUGAGACUUCCUUCCUCUGAAAUUGAAAUGUUUAUAAUUUUUGUUUCCAUGGAAAAGUUAUCAAAUUUAUGUCAUAUAUUCAUAUAAAAAAUCUAAAAUAUAAUGUUCUCCAUAUGGAUUUCAAUCAAUGAAUUAGUCUAAAUAAGAAAGCUUUUGGAUACCGGUACUAUCAAUAAGUAUUUUUUUACUGUUUCAGUCACCUGUAGAGCAACAAGUUUCUGAAGAUAUGUACCUCCAAGCUGUAGAGGUAAAUGAUGAAAUAUCUCUAUUAGUAGUAUUUGUUUAAACUGGUGCAAAUAUGAGAGCAGACUUGUAUGAUUAACAAAAAAUAUAACAGUCAUCAAAGUUCUUUGUAAUAAUGACUAUAGAAGGGUCUAUAGCUACAUCAUUAGUACCAUAACCAUUAGACGCGAGCCAUAUUUUGGGCAUAUUUUGAGGGGUGGACAAAUUGCGUCCUAUACGCCGGCAAAGAAAUGUCAGCAUGUUCUGAAUAGUAGUUUUUUUAAAAUUUCUUUAUGAUUUUGAUAUGAUUAAAGUUAAAAUCUUUAUUUCUUAGCCAUCAUAUAAUAAUAUACAUCACUCUUAAAAUAUUAAGAAACUGCAAAAAAUUACAAUUUCCAGCUCUUAAAUAACAACGGAUUUGAAAGAUAUGAAGUUUCCAAUUUUGCAAAGCAGGUAAGAAUUUGUUGGCAAAGUCCAAUGUUUUGCAUUUAGUACCUGUAUUGAAAUCUGAAUCUGAAACUGUAAGCUUGUCAUUAGUCAUUAUGUGGAAAGACCAUUUACUUUAUUUGCUUUCUUUGUGUUUCUUGUUGUUCUUUCUUCAAAGUGGUAUUCGAUACUGGUAUUUGUUAAAUCUUCUGAGUGCAUAAGAUGAUUCAUCAAUAAGUCUUCGCUGAUACUAAUUAUCCUCAUGUAAGAAGGUUUGUACCAUAAUAGUAUUAAUAUUAAUAGUUUAAUUGCAGAAAUAUUGAAUAUUCUCUCAUCCAAUCUAACGCUAGAAAUGCUACAGCCAUCAUAAUAUAUCCUACUGGACGGGCCAGGCAUAUAUUGGAGUUGGACCGGGUAAUGUUUCUUGGUUUCAAAUAUUUUUUGGUACUAUUACUAAUUACUAUCCCUACUAUCUCACAUAAAAAAUAUUGCCCAUAUAAUCUUUAUUUUUUAAUUCACAACAUAAAAUAGAUUUCAGAACAUGGAAAUUUAAUUAUAAAGAAGCGCUGUUAAAAAAAAAAAUGCAAUAAUAAACCAAAUUAAUAGUAUAGUUUAGUAUAUUUUAUUUUCUAACUUUAGAUAUUUAAAAAAAUAUUGUGUCAAUAUAUUUUUAUUUAAAAUAUCACUUUGUAGGAGCCCAUGGUAGAUUCAAACCAGUUAAUAAAGACCAUAGAGAGGCAAGAAUACAAACAUUGGAACCUAAUGACUGGAUGUGGGAAGUUGAAAAAUUUGGCCAUGCCACACGCAAAAUAAAACAAUUAAAUCCUCAAAAUCAGUGAGUUACUGUUGCCAUAUAAUAUUUACAUUUCAUGCAUAAUCCAGAAAUUCUAUUUUCAGAAAUAUAUUUUGAAUAAGUUUUCAAAAAAUGUGUUUUAUAAAUUAUUUUAUUUUGUUAAAAUUGUGGUUUAGAAGUGUCCAUUUCUUCGUGCUACAAGUGUUUUGUUUAUUGUUUUAUAUUUUAGGUUAGAAGAACUCUUGUCUGUAGGGCUGCGAACUAAAAAAGGUGUUUCUAGUAGGGUACGUUUUACAUUUUUUUACCAAAUUAUUUCAAGAACUAUGUUUGACUCCAUACCAAUAAACCAAUCAAAUUAUUUUUUGUAUCUUAGUUGUUUUUUUUUCAAUUAUUUUAGCUCAUAUUUUAAAUAAUUAUUUUAAAUCAUUUAAAUUAUUUUUAAAUGAUAUAUUUAAAUACUCAUCUGUGGCAAUAGGCAUCAUAAUCUGUGUAAUAGCUCAACUAUUUUAUUAUGAAUUUUAUUCAUUACAUAUUUCUCAUUUUUAUGUAUAUAUUCACUGAAGAUCAUACAUUGUCUUGUAGGAAUGGUCUAAUGUCGAACCAGCGAGUUGUAUGAAAGAUGUGCUCUUUGAUGAUCCAAAGGUCCAGUUGUUUGUUCAAAAGGGACUUCUCAAAUUUAAUGACAGGUGUGGUAAGAAUGUCAGACAAAGGCAAAUGUCUUAUUCCUAGUUACUAGUAUAAGAAAACGAUUCGGUGCAAUUUUGGAUUAAAGUCAAGGAAAUUUGGCCACUAAUAGUAAUGUAAAUAAAAGUAUUUGUAAAAGAUGGAUUGAUGGAUUAACUGUGCACAAAUUUUCAACUUUAGGUAUUGGUACAGGGCAUUAAUUUUUAAAACUUCCAAUAUCACAUCUCACUUUGAUGUGCAGUCACAUUUAUCCCCCAGCCACAGUCAUUGGUUGACUGUACAUUUAAACUUUCAAUUUAAAUGUGGGUAAGGCGGUGGCAGUCUCAGAUAGCAGUUAACUGGGAGAAUUUCAUUUCCCUGAAUAUUGAUUGGCCCCAAAAAUGUGAGGACUUGUUUUAACAGAUCGAUCAUAUUAUGUUUGAAAACAUCAAACUGCCUCAUGGUGCAAAAUGGUACGGUUCAUGAAAAGGAUAAAAUAAUUUUUCCAGAUUUAGCAUUUUAAAGUGCCACCUUUCAAAAUUACAAUUUGACCCAAAUCUCCUUGCAGCUACAAUGGACCCAUGGAUUUUUUCAUGCUUGAUGUCCAUUAACUAGUUAUUCUAAAUGAAAAUUUCAUAAUGAAAUUCAACUAUUCCUCUUAACUGUUAAAAAUAAUAUGGUUGAUCUGCAGGUUUUCACAUAUACCUUCCAACUUCAUGUGUCAACAAAUUACUCAAGCGUCCAUGAUUUUUUUUUUUUAAAUUCAUAAAUAUACCACACAUAUAAAAUUGGAGUAAUUCACACUGUUUCAUUAAUUAUGUAAAUAACAUUUGACUUAUUUAAUUUCAGAUAAAAUCAAUAAAUGGUAAUCUAAAUAAAUAUAACCUAAUUUUUUGGGGCCCAACCCUGGUGUCUCAGCUUGUUAAAUUAUACAUACAGAUUAAAAAUUUAGCAAGCCAAACAUCAUUUUUUCCAUAUUUGACACUGUGUCAUAAUUUAAUGGCACCCUGUCAUUUUUUUUUUCAGAUCCACUGAGACAUAGUCGCAUAAAAUUAGAUGAUUCAAGUUCAAAUUAAAACCAUUUUUUAUAUAUUUUUUUGUUUACACUCAAAUUAAAAAGUAUUGCUGUACCUCUUUAAGUAAGAUACAUAUACUUUAUUUCAGGGGACUGUGUGCAUCAGACGAAGGGAUGAAUGUCCUUGACAGUUUACUUCCAGACUUGUUGAAUGCUGUGGAAAAAGAUUAUUUCAGAAAAAGGACAGCAGUAUGAUCCAAGUUUAGAUAAUUUAAUGUAACCGAAUUCUGUUAAAGAAUCUGAUUUUAAAAAUGUGACAACAUUUAUCAAGCUGCUGCUACAGAGGAAGAUCAUAUCAAAUUAGACCUGUUAACUGGGCAAGGUUAGCCAUUAUUCAGCAAUUUAUAGCUGUACCAUUUGAGACAAGUGAACAAAGUAAUUAGGUGGCAGUUUUUAUGCACUGAAAAUGUAAAUAAAUAUAAUCUACCUCAAGUAGUUCAAGCCAGGGAAACCAGCAGUGUCAAGAGAUAUAAAAAAAAAUUGUUUGUUUUGUGAUCUUUCAAUUUCAAACUGAACACAGUCCUUAGCCUUGUUAUCUGUGUAGAGCAUAGGGCGGUUAUUUGAACAACAGCUUUCUUUGCCACCUUAUUGUCAAUAGCGUUACAGCUAAUAUUUAUUGGGUUCACUUUGAGAUGUCUCCCUCAAAGUAUUCUGAUGUCUUUCUUGCUUCCUCUCUCCCUUUGGUAGCAUCAUAGUAUAACAUGGAAUGAUCAGCAAUAUUUUCCCAGUCUUUGAGUUCCAUUUCUUCAUCUUCCAUACAUGAUCACAUUAGUUGAUCCACAUUUUUUUCUCUUGUCAACUUUAAUUUUUAUGGAAUAAAGUCAGCACCUAGGCAAUUUUUUUUACAAUUUUCUUGUCUCAACGGCAGUGAUGUG